AUGGAUAAAGACUGUGAUAUGGUUUAUAAAAACAUUUCUGAUAUUUAUAAAUCUGAGGAGUUUAAGACUUACGAUAACUUUGUUUCAUUAGCUGCUAUGUGUGUAUGGGAGAUUAGAGAUAAAGACAGAAGAGGUAAAGUAUGGCAUGAACAGAUAAAACCAACUGCUUCAGAUUUAAAGAAAGCCAUUGAUGCUUUAGUUAUUUUAGCAGGUAAGGUUUCAGAAUAUAACGCCAAAAUGAAUCCUCAGUGUUCGAAAUGUAAAGCAGCAAUAAGGAAAUAUAAUUAUUCAGUAAAAGAGAUAGAAAGAAUGAGAAACGAUUACGAAGAUUUAAAGAAAGAAGCAGAGAAACCAGCAGAAAAUAAAAUGAACAUGUUAGAAUUUCUGAAUAAAAACCAUCCCACAGCUGAUGAUUUCCUUUUAUCUGAUGUCAAGAAGAAGUAUAAAGAAACUUUCGGUAUCGUUAAAACUUUUGAUAUAUUAACUGAAGAAAUAGAAGCUACAAAAAUAUUUAAAAUUUCACGAAUUCAUAACGUAUAUCAUGUGAAACGUUUAUAA